AAGAGAUGGGACCAAGAAGUUGAUACUUUGAGAAUAAAAUACUGCAAAAACACCAGUUUUAUAAACAGCGAAUAGAAACAAAACAGCCUCUGACAAAAGAAGAUGACCAAGUUUGGAAAAUGAGAAACCGUUCCAUCAUUCUUCACACACAGAGAAGAUGACAUUAUGUCUAAUACAACUAACGCAACAAAUCUAUGUGUAGCAGGCACUCUUUGUGAGGUGCUUUUUUAUAAAGUCGAACUGAUCAUUGUUCCGGUGCUGUUUCUCCUGGCUUUUCUGGUCACACUGAUCAUUUUGUUUGUGCUCAAAUGCUCCUACAAGCCAUCACAUCUUUAUGGACACCACAGAAAUGAAAAAGAUGACACACAACACCAUCAUAACACACAGAGACGCCGUAACAGCAACAGACGGCACCUGCAAGGCAUUGACGCCCCAGCAGAGCUGAACCCAUUGGAACAUGAGGUUAUUCCCAUGACAGCCCAACCUCACCAUGACAUGCAGAAUUCAAGCCCUGCAGUACCUCCGCAAACCACCGAGAGGCAUCCGGACCUCUUUCAGCUGGUCUCUCCACUUCCUCUCACCUUCUCAGUAAAAGCAGACAACACGGUCGCAUUGCACAGAGCUGUCAUGGACAGACAGCCAGUCGUUUUACGAGUGCUUAAAGAAUCAGCCAAUGCCAAAGAGCGCCAGUCCUUUCUGGGGUUUGCCCACUUCCUUUCAGAGUUGGGACCGCAUCCAUCGUUGCCCAAACUGCUGGGGGUGGUGUCUGUGCGGACACCGUUGAUGAUUGCCGUAGAGGAGCUGGAACACCGUGACCUGCUUAGCUUCCUGUGGAGGUGCAGACAGGACCACACAGGUCAGGAGGCAUCGUGUGACAUGACUGAAAGACACAUCUUCACCAUGGGCGCUCAGAUUGCAUCUGCUCUUGUUAGAUAACAAAUCAGCUU